CCCUCAAAACAAAACCAAUCAAACAAAAGCUCUCUCCAAUCCCUUUUGUCUAUUCUUCCUCGUUCAUUCCCAUCCUUUCAUUUUUGAACAACCUUCCACAGUUCCACCACUCACAGGAACAAAAGAAAGAAAGAAAAAAAAAAACAAACAAACAAAAAUGAAAGAAACCCCUUUUUGCAUUUUCCACACCUCUUUUGUCCUCUCCAAUGCAUGAGAGUUAUUCUUCUUCUUGCUUUCUGUUAUUCAUGAACACUGUAUUUUAGAGGAAGCAAGCUUAUGAGUGUAUUUCAUUCAUUCUUGAUAAGAUAGCAAUAGCAUGCCUUGAGAAGAAACAUGGCUGCAGAAGAACCAUCCAUUCAAAAGUGUCGGUCUUUCAAGCUUAAGAGGAUUUUCGAGCUUUCAGGGCGACAAGUCCACAGCUGGAUCGAUGACAAGCAAUCCAAGAACCAAGGAGCUAAGCCUGUAGCAACACCCGAACUGGUAGGAUCAAUAUUAGAUCGAUUUGGAGAUAAGGCUCCUGUUUUGCACAUCAGCACGGAAGAAGCCACCCAGAAGAACAUGGACCACCAGCAGCCUUCAGAUAUGAAGUUGAUGAAGGAAAGAUUUGCUAAAUUGCUUCUGGGAGAGGACAUGUCAGGUGGUGGAAAGGGUGUCUCAUCAGCAUUGGCUUUGUCAAAUGCCAUCACAAAUCUUGCUGCUUCUGUUUUUGGAGAACAAAGAAGGCUAGAGCCCAUGGCUCCAGAUAGAAAAGCAAGGUGGAAAAAGGAAAUAGAUUGGUUGUUAUCUGUGACAGAUUACAUUGUUGAGCUUGUUCCUUCUCAACAGAAAUCCAAGGAUGGAACAAAUAUGGAGAUAAUGGUGACGCAACAAAGAAGAGAUCUGCUAAUGAACAUACCAGCCUUGAGAAAGCUCGACACGAUGCUCAUUGACUGCCUAGAUAACUUCGUCAAGCAGAGUGAAUUCUGGUAUGUGUCGAGAGAUGCUGACGAAUCUGAGCAAGGCACCCAGAGAGACGACAAAUGGUGGCUCCCCACCGUCAAAGUUCCCCCCGAUGGACUGUCAGAUACGACACGAAAAUGGCUGCAGUUUCAGAAAGACUGCGUGAAUCAAGUACUCAAAGCAUCAAUGGCCAUCAAUGCCCAAAUACUGACAGAAAUGGAGAUCCCUGAGAACUACAUCGAAUCCCUUCCCAAGAAUGGUAGGGCAAGCCUUGGUGAUUCGAUCUACAGGAGCAUUACAGUUGAGUUCUUCGAUCCAGAGGAGUUCCUAUCGAACAUGGACAUGUCAACAGAGCACAAAGUUCUGGACCUGAAGAACAGAAUUGAGGCUUCCAUUGUGAUUUGGAAGAGGAAAAUGCACAAAGAUGGGAAGUCGUCUUGGGGCUCAGCUGUGAGCAUGGAGAAGAGGGAGCUAUUUGAAGAGAGGGCGGAAACCAUCUUGCUUCUGCUCAAACAGAGAUUCCCUGGACUUCCUCAAUCCUCACUAGACAUUAGCAAAAUCCAAUACAACAGAGUAAGAAAUAUCAAUCAAUACUUUGAAUCCAUCUUCUUCCUAAUCCUAUACACGCUGCAACCUUUGACACUACAGGAUGUUGGAUAUGCAAUCCUAGAGAGCUAUUCCAGGGUACUGGAAAGCCUGGCUUUCACAGUCCUCUCUCGCAUUGAAGAUGUCUUAUAUGCCGACUCUAACGCUCAGGAUCCAUCUCUGGCAGCAUCCAAAAGGAAGCCCUCGGGGGAUUCCUCACCAGUGAGCUCCCCCCCCUGCCACUCGGAAGAUAUAGGCUCGGAGAAGCCAAACGCAGCAGAGACGCCCAGCUCCAUGACACUUUCUGAUUUCAUGGGAUGGAACUUGGAUCAGGGAGAUACAGAGAUGAAGAAGACUCACUCCACAGGGAAUUUGGAGAGUCUCAAGGAAGAGAAGGAACAUAAGCCAAGCAAAAUUGUAAGCAUUGUGACCAAUAAGAAGUUCUUGUACAUGGAGAAGCUUGAGACCUUGGGGGGGUUGAGAAGUCCAACCCGGUUUUGA